AUGACUAAUAUUCGUCAACCAAGUUCUGAAUUUUCAUAUCAAUCACCUUUACCAAAGCAUCAACAUGAACCUCAUCACUUAAGCUCUAAAUAUCAAGAUGUUCCAGAACAUGCUGAAGCAGAUGAAGAGCCUGAUUUAUCACCAUCAAAUAUAGCAAAAUAUUUUUAUACUAGAAUAACUACAUUGUUUGAAAUAAAGUUGGCAAAUUUGAAAGAUUUGAAUCCUAUUAAUGAUUUACAUGGAAUGACUUUAAAUAAUUGGAAUUACUUCUUUCUUGGGAUGCUUGCUUGGUUAUCAGCAGCUUUUGAUUUCUUUUGUACUUCAGUUGCAGGUACAGAAAUUGCAAAGAGUCUUGGAGUUGAUACACAUGCAAUUACAUGGGGUCUUUCAGCUGUUUUGAUGGUUAGAUCAGCUGGUGCCAUUAUUUUUGGUCUUUGGACUGAUAAUUAUUCAAGAAAAUGGCCAUUUAUAUUCUGUUGUGGUAUGUUUGUCGCUUUACAAGUCGGUACUGGAUUUGUUUCAACUUAUGAACAAUUCUUAGCAUGUCGUGGCCUAAGUGGUGUUUGUAUGGGUGGUAUUUACGGUGCAGCAGCAGCAACUUCAUUAGAUGAUUCUCCAGUUAAGGCAAGAUCUAUUUUAUCAGGAUUAUUUUUCACAGCUUAUUCAAUGGGUCUUAUCUUUGCAACCGUAUUUUGGAGAGCUUUUCAAAAUACAAAACAUAGUUGGAGAGCUUUGUUUUGGUUUUCUGCAAGUAUGCCUGCUCUAUUGAUCGUUUGGAGAUUAUUCUUCCCAGAAACUAAAUAUUUUAUUAAUUGUCAAAAAGCCAGAGAACUAAUUAAACAAGAUCAAAUAAAAGCUGGUGUUUAUGUAAAACCAACAAUAAAAUCAAAAAUUACAAAUUUUGGUUCAUUGUUAAGAAAAAAUUGGUUAAUGUUUAGUUAUAUGAUUGUUCUAAUGGCUGGUCCAAAUUAUGUUACACAUUCAUCUCAAGAUCUUUUACCAACAAUGUUAAAACAACAAUUAGGAUAUUCCAACAAUGCUUUGACAGUUGCUCUUGUUGUAUCACAAUUAGGUUCAUGUGUUGGGUCUUUUAGUAUUGGUAUCUUGAUGGAAAUAUUAGGUCGUCGCGUUUCCAUUAUGUUAUGCUGUAUUCUUGGUGCAUGUUUUGUUUAUCCAGCAUGGAUGCUCCAAUCAAGCCCAGCAAUUCUUGGUGCUGGAUUUGCAUUGUUUUUUGCCCUUCAAGGUAUGUGGGGUGUUGUUCCAGCUCAUUUAAGUGAAUUAUCACCACCAGAUGCAAGAGCUUUAUUCUCAGGUUUAAGUUAUCAAUUAGGUAAUUUGGCAAGUGCAGCUGCUUCUACAAUUGAAACUAAUAUAAGUAAUGAAUUCCCAUUAGAAACAGAUUCAAAUGGUACUGUUACAAAAUCCAAUUAUGCAAAAGUUAUGACAAUUAUGACUGGUGCUUCACUUUGUUAUACUUUUAUAAUGACCCUUUUAGGUCCUGAAAAAUUUCAUAGAGAUUUAUCAACUCCUUUGAUGAAGAAAUAUUUGGAGAAAGUUAAACAACAAGAACAAGAUAAAGAAGCUGGGUUCACUAAUGUUGAAGAACUUGGAAUGGAAUCCGACAAAGAUGAGGUAUUUCAAGCAAAACCAAAUGCAAGUCAUUUGGAAAAAUAG